AUGUCUAAGUUUUCUUUAAUCUUAAUUUGUGUGGCCGCUGUAUUUGUUACGCAACCAGUAUCAGCCACAAGCGUCCAGCUACCAGCCGUCUACCCAUUAGUCAACAUCUUACUACCUCUUCUAAACAACGUAUACAACCUCCUACUAUCUCUCCUCUCAAUCUUCGACACUCUUCCCGCUAACAUCAGCUGCAUGAUACCUGUAGACCUUGGAGCUUUAGAAACUUCUUUACUCAAACUAUAUUCUCAAGCCUUAGCUAUAGUGAAUUUCUUACGUUCUUUGCCUGAGUACGCGGUUGGAGCGAAUCCUAACACGCCGCCCGCGAAUGUUGUCAACCUACAAGGAUUGCUUACAACACUCAUUUCGUCAGUGACAGAUUUGACAGAUGACGUUUUGACAGGUAUCGGUGGUAGUCUGUUGCCUGGGUUGUUGAAGUUGGUUGUGAUGGUUGUUGAGGCGUUGUUGAGUUUGUUGCUGUAA